AGCUGCUCCUGUUUCCGAGCUGCUUGUCCACUCUCCGCCUCUUCCCCGAGAACCUGAAGCCAAACUGCAAUAAUCCAACGCGACUCACUGACUUAUUCAACAGCAAUAGCAGCUGAGCGGGAUUCUGGAUUUAAAUCUGCAGGAAAGGCCUGGGUACAUGCUGUGGUGGAAAAUUGGCUCCGGUAGCUGACUUUCCAUGACUUUUAUACUUAUUGGAUAGUGAUCUGUAGUGGAAAUGAAAAAAAUCUUAUCUUAAUCUUUUUCUGAUUACCCAAAUAUUUUGCAUAUCUAACAAAUUGAUAUGUUGCCCAUAUGUUCUUCUUUUAAAAAAAAAAAAAAAAAAAAGUCAAGCUCUCCUAACUGUCUGGUAAACAGCAAAUUCCAAGUCUUUCCACAGAGUCACAGUUCUGUGCACAAAUAAUAGAUGUCCUAACAGUGGAUUCUUUCAUCUGAGCUCCUCUAGAGUUACCCUUCGCCUCCUGGCUGCUUCUCUGCAUUAUCACUUUGCCAGUCAGCCUGUUGGGAGCCUAACCAAUAUUCCAAUAAACCUCUCUACUUCUUAAGAUAUUUGUAUACUAUUUUUCUCUAAUUUUGUCAAACAUCAAACCUCCAAAACCUUCACAAAACUAAGAAUAAAUUAUAAGCAAGUUUACUAAUACUGUGACUUCUGAAGAUGGUUGAAAUAGAUUUUAAAGUGACGGAGUUUACACAGAUAUACACACCAUGGUUCUCAGAUUUGUAAAAAAAAAAAGAAUUGAAAGUCAUUUCAUUUUCUCUACACACUGAUGCACUGCUAUAUACCGACUUAUCACUAUCACAUCAAUAAAAUAAAUUGAAAUUUGUGGAUAGUAAAUUGACAAGUUAAAAUAUGUGAGGGUGUAGGGAUGUGGAUAUUUUUGCAACUCUUGUAAUUAUUUGGGGAGAAAAUAAUAACCAAGUGUAUUUAGUUUUGCUUGGUUUAAGGAGUGCUAUACCACGCCCUUCCUGUAGGUGUCAGUGCAGAUGCCCAGAAGAACGUAAAUAACAGAAAAGCUACAUAAUCUGCUGCUCCAGCUACACUUCCCACAGCAAACAGUUUGUACGCAAAACGGUAAAAGAAAUUAUUUUACGUAUUUCAGCGAGGCUAUUUUCAUAGAUUAAAAUAUUAAAGUGGGUAGCAACUAUUGUGGUACAGAAUUGUCGCUGUUCUAUCCUGAAACCGACCUCAUAUGCUAAUGCUAACAAGCUAGCUCCAGUAUGAACUCGCUGGUUGGUUAUGGAGUUUCCUCCAGCAGUGAUGAAGAGGAGGAAGACGUAAACAGCAGGAAAGCUGACUUUCUUCAAGAUGAUGCUACCGCUGCCAAAAAGAGCCGCAACUUCUUGCUGGAGUCUGGCUCGGCAUCCAGUGAGUCGGACUCUGAGGAUCAGGAGCCCUCAUCAUAUUCAUCAUCAUCACCUCAUCCUCAAACGCUAGGCUCCUCAGCACCCUCCCGGCCCAUCCUGCCUCCACCCCCCUUAGACUCUGUCACCCCUAAAAAGUUACCUCCACCUUCUCUAAACGCCUCGUCUGACAGCAGCGUGUUCACCAACCCAUUCAAAGCACAGGCCGACCAGAAGCUCAGUGCUUUACAGAAACACGUUCCACUCACCAUGCAGGCAAGACCCUCCCAGAUAGGAGGCAAAAAGGUCUGCGUUUCCUACAGGAAGGACGGAAGGUGCAGGUUUGGCAUCAAAUGCAAGUUUGCUCACGACAGUGACCUCCAGACGGCGAUGAUUCCCAACGACUCUCAUCCAUCUGUGAGUGAGGAGACACCAGAACCGGUGGGAGGAUCCCAGAGCUUUCAGCAGGAAUCAAAGGAAAAAGAGGCUGAGCAGCAGAUGAAGAAGAGGAAAGUUGGACUGAGUAACUCUUUGAUUCCCCCUAAAAGAGCACUGAAGCAAUAUACUAUGCAGAGAGACAGAGAGCGGAUUAAUAUGUCCUGAUGACAGGUUUAUCCACUGGGAAUAACUAAUUUUGUAAAGUUUUACAUCUUAAAUUAGUAAUGGAGGCAGAGUUCUGGACCAGACAUCAUACUGAUGUCCCUUUGUCGCUGUAUUAUUUUUUCUCCUUUACACAUGGACCAAUUUGUCGUCCUUUCCUGUGAGUAUAGGCAUGCACUGGUUACCAGUAUUGCGGUAAACCAAAUUUUAAGAAAAUUCUGCUCGAAAACCAUGUAAAUUUCCAUUCUGAUUGUUUCUAGGUCUUUUAGAGAUAUGCAAGAAAAAACUGCAUGUAUCAAUAAAAAGGUUACAUAUUUUCCAUAAGGGUAUCUUAUAGCAACAAUAAAAAUAAUUUUGUUUAAUAAAAACCUUCAGAUCAAAAUGCAUUUUAAAUCUUUGUAUGAAUCACCUGCAAGAACCUGUAGCAGCGAACAAGGUUUUAAGUCACGAGUUUGAUCUAACACAGCGCUGCCUCUUCCUUAUGUAAUGCUGUGCACUGUUGGUCAGCUGGCUGAAAUCAAACUUCCAACACUUUCUCCUCAGUUAAGAGAAUAUAUUAAAAGCCUAAGAAACACAACUCUUACUUUGGGAAUGAUGUCUGUUAAUCUGCAGGCUGGUAAAAUGAGAAGAUGGAUCUAACAAUCAGCUAAUUGUGUUACAAUUGUUUAUAUAUGAGGAACAAAAUGAGCCUCUUCUGCUUCAUUCCAGCAUGUGUUUAUGCAUUUUUGCUUGCAUUAAUGUAUCAGAAUUAACAUAAAUGUUGUAGAUGACUUUUGUAGCAGUAAAAAAAAAUUGCCUCUGUUAAAUAAAGCAAUUAUUUCUUA